GCUUUGCCGAUUGGGAUAACACAGUCUUCAGAAUGGGAGAUCACCCAGAUCCAAUGGAAAACUUCUUCACAGAAGACGAAAUCGACGUCGAUCCGCCUAUCCUCUACACCGCUUUGGAGCUGUCCCCGACAUGUACUCAAGAAGAGGUCAAGAAAGCAUAUCGUCGUUUAGCUCUCAAAUAUCACCCUGAUAAACAUACUUCGAAGACAGAAGACGAGCGAGAGGAAAUGGGGAAGCAAUUCCAAAGGGUCGGGUUCGCUUACGCUGUUGUGAGUGAUGAGAAGAGGAGAAAACGAUACGAUGAAACAGGUAGGACGGAUGAGGGGAUGGAAGUACCAGAAGGAGGAUGGGAUGAUUAUUUCGAGAGUUUAUUCAAGAGGGUAGAUAGGAAGAUGCUGGAUGAGGAUAAGGCGAGGUAUCAGGGCUCUGAAGAAGAAAAGUCCGACCUCAUAGAGGCCUACAAUACAACGAACGGUUCCCUACCCGAAAUACUCCAACACAUCCCACAUUCCCAAUCAUCCGACGAAUCCCGAUUUAUCAAACAAAUCAACGACCUCAUCUCCUCUGGUUUCCUGACAUCCACGUCCACUUGGAAGUCCACUUCGACGGAUAAGUCGGCAAAGGUGAAACGGAAACGUGCGGCGGAGGGUGAGGCGAAAGAGGCUGAAGAGGCUGCCAAGGAAUUAGGAGUUUGGGAUGAGUUUUAUGGGUCCGGCGAGAAGGUAGAGAGAAAGAACUCAAAGAAGCCCGGUAAGAAGGAUACGAAUGGAGUCACAAAGGGAAAGAAAGAGAAAGAAGAUGGUGGAGAGGACGAAGGAGGAGCGUUGGCCGCUUUGAUAGCUAAACGACAAGAAGCGAGAGGGAACGCUUUGGAUGCCCUGGAGGAGAAAUAUAGGAAGUUGGAAGAGCAACAAGCUGCGAAGAAAGGGAAGAAGGGGACGAAAGAGGAUAUACCGGAAAUGACAGAAGAAGUGUUCCAAGCUCUGCAAGAAAAGAUGUUUAAUGGGAAGAAGGGAAAGAGGAAAGCAUGAAAUUGGCAUGACUGCAGGCGGCAUGACCUGAGAAGAGAUGGAUCAGGAAAGCUCAACGACGCCUGGGAAUCUGACAAAGAGGCGAGAUGAGAAGGUACUGUAAGUAUGAUCUAAUCUGUAUCGAUACCUUGCUGUUCAUGCAUUCCGUAUCUUU